AUAUACAUUUACCUUUUUCUCUGCAACUCAGCAAUUUGUCCACAACCUUAAAAUACUUAGUCCCCACUUGCGAAUUUCACAAUCAUCAUAUUCCGAAAAAGGUUAAAGUUAAGAAAAAGAGAAAAAGCAAGAGAAUUGGCACUUGAUCUUCGCUGAAAUGAAAUGCUGAAGCUCUUUAGGGCCUAUCAGUUUUUCUUUGCCUUCUUUCUCGUCAUCUCUAUCUUUGUAUCCGUCUUCAGAGGUGGUAACUCUCGCACCCCAUAAGAUCGAACUCGCCAAAGUUUUCAUUUUUCAAAGGGUAGUUCAUAUCAUACUGUGACAUGAUGACAUUUUUCAUUUUGGACUGAGGUCAAUUUACUGGAAGAUAGUUAUCUCAAAAAAGAUGGCAGCUGAGCUAGUCAAUGUUGCGACAAGCGAGAAACUAGCUGAAACUGAUUGGACAAAAAAUAUUGAAAUCUGUGAGUUAGUUGCUCACGAUAAAAGGCAAGCUAGAGAUGCUGUUAAAGCUAUAAAAAAGAAACUAGGAAGCAAACACCCCAAUACUCAACUUUAUGCUGUCAUGUUGCUGGAAAUGUUGAUGAACAAUAUUGGAGAGCAUAUUCAUGAGCAAGUGAUUGAUACUGGAAUUAUUCCUAUUCUAGUAAAAAUUGUGAAGAAAAAGUCUGAUUUGCCUGUGAGGGAGCGGAUAUUUCUCCUACUAGAUGCCACACAAACAUCCCUUGGUGGUGCAUCUGGAAAGUUUCCACAGUAUUAUAAUGCAUAUUAUGAUUUGGUGAGUGCUGGAGUGCAGUUUCCUCAAAGCGAUCAGGUGGUCCAAUCAAAUCAUCCUAGUUCACAACCUAGUAGGACUAGUAAUGUACCAAACAGGGAGCAGGCCGCACCUAGACAUGAAGUGGUCGCUCAGCAAGCAGACUCCCAGACUGUCCCUGAAUCUAGCAUUAUUCAAAAGGCUAGCAAUGCAUUAGAAGUACUAAAAGAGGUCCUUGAUGCUGUUGAUGCUCAAAAUCCUCAGGGAGCAAGGGAUGAAUUCACCCUUGAUCUUGUAGAACAAUGUUCCUUUCAAAAGCAAAGGGUUAUGCAUCUUGUUAUGGCUUCUAGAGAUGAAAGGAUAGUUUCUCGAGCAAUUGAAUUGAAUGAGCAACUUCAGAAAGUUCUUGCAAGACAUGAUGACCUUCUUGCUGGCAGAGCUACAACAACUGCCCCUCGAUUUGAUCACGAAGAAGCUGAGGAGGAAGAGGAACCUGAACAGUUAGUUCGAAGAUUGCGCAAGGGAAAGGCCUGUGCAAGGCCUGAAGAUGAGGAGACUGAAACCACCGACAUUCAUCGCAUGGGUUUGCUUGGAGAGAGGCUCAAUCGUCCACUGAUACGACCGCUCUCGUUAGAGCCGCCAUCUCGAGAAGCCGAUACUCGAUCUCCACCUGUUGUGGUGCCACCGCCACGACCGAAGCAGAAUGGGGAGGUUCCUCAUGUAGCAAUUCCACCACCACCUGCAAAGCACAUGGAGAGGGAGAGGUUUUUUCAGGAAAACAAGGAUGGUUCUAAUUUGCCCGGCCACAUGAGAGGCCUAUCCUUGCAUAGUCGUAAUGGCAGCAGCUCUCACAGUGGAAGCUUUGAUUUUAGUGACUGAUCUCUUGUCAAACAGAACAGGACCUAUUUUAGCUUUUCUUUUUCAUUUUUGUCUAAAUUUGGAGUUGGUAUUAUUCAAGUUGUGAGGGGGUGGUGAUUUAUCAUUUAGUCUUGAUGAGUAUGGAGAUGGGAGCAAAAAAAGGAAACCACAUCUGCUUAAGUUUAUAAAUUACUUGUAAUUAUAUUCUGUGAGAUCAUAUGCCAUGGCCUGAGGCUUGUAAGUUUCAGGUGCGAGUUUUAUAACUGAUAAUGUUUUUUUCUUCC